AUGGAUGCCAAACAGUUGUUUGAAAGCCUCAAAGUGGAUCUCACCUGCCCCAUCUGCUUGCGCUAUUUCACUGAACCGGUGAUAAACACAUGUGGCCAUAACUUCUGCAGAGAAUGUCUUCAGUGUCUGCAGGAAGCCAACACAGUAGCAACCUGCCCAGUGUGCUGGAGGGUCCUUAAAUCUGGAGACAUUGUGUGCAACAAGAGGCUGCAGAGUCUGGCUAUCACUGUCAAAAUGCUUCAAUCUCAUUUCCGGCAGAGCAUCAGGGGCCUGACCACUUGUGACAAACAUGGCAAAGAAGAGAACCUGUUCUGUGAGGAUGACCACAAACCCCUGUGUGGGUCUUGCUUUUUAUCUACAGAACACAAGGAGCACAAAAUGCUGCCCUUGGAGAAGGCUGCUGGCCAGUGCAUAGCAGAGCUCCAGGAAUCAUGGAAUGUUUUAAGGGACAGGAAGGAGAAAUUUCAAAAGGAGUUGGAAUAUGAGAAAAGAAGAGAGUUUUGCUGCAAACUAGAGGGCCAGACUUUGAGAGAAUCGGUUGCAUCUGAAUUUGAGAAAAUGCACCAGUUCUACUUAGAGGAAGAACAACUUCAUCUCCAAAGACUGGACCAGGAAGCAAGAGACAGUUCAGCAAUGUUUCAGGAGAACAAAGCCAGGCUCUGCCAUCAGAUCCACAGUCUUCAAAUGAAGAUCUUCAAGGCAGAGAAUAAUUUUAAGGCCAAGGAAAUGCUUAAGUCCCCCGGCAUGUGGAAAACUUUAAGUAGAAAAAAGGAUGAGAUUCAAAUCGAUUUGGAGUGUAUGAGAAAGAGAGAAGCACAAGAGAAGGUGGAGGGCCAGGCCAUGAAAGAGUUGGUUUUGUGUGACUAUGAACAAAGGCACCAGUUCUUGUUGAAGGAAGAACAGCUGCAUCUGCAGAGUCUGGACCAGGAAGCAAGAGACAACUUGGCAAUGUUUGAGGAGAGCAAGGCUAGACUGUCCCAGCUCAUCCAUAAUCUGCAAAUGGUGAUGUCAGAAAUAGAGGGCAACUUUGAGAAGCCUUUUAUCGAAAUGCUCCAGGAUGGGAGGAGGACAUUGGGAAGGAAGGAGGAGCUACUCCUUCAGGAACCAGUGGUUGCUUUGCCAAGAUGGACCAAAUUCUCCAUCCCUGGCAUGGCAGAAAUGCUGAAGACUUUCCAGAGGGAUUUAACUCUGGACCCUGAAACCGCCUCUUCCUGGCUCAUGGUGUCCAGUGAUCUGAAGAGAGUCAGAUAUGUUUGUGCCCCACAGGACUUGCCUGCUGACAACCCACAACUCUCUGACUUCCCUGUUGCUGUCUUGGCUAUGCAGAGUUUCAUCUCUGGAAAACAUUACUGGGAAGUAGAAGUGGGAGAUGCCAUUCACUGGCAAGUGGGCAUCUGUCAAGUAACUGACAGUAAGCAGAGGCAGAUCUUGGUUUGGGCCGAGUAUACCUCGAUCGGCUUCCGAUUUGGAAAUGGCUUGGACUCCUGGAAUUCCUAUGAUGAUAUUCAUGUCCUCCCACCUAUACACAAAUUGGGCAUUUUCUUGGAUUAUGAGAGGGGACACAUAGCACUUUACAAUGCUGUAGACAAAACCCUACUCUACAGUCCUCGCAGAGUUGCUUUUCAUGGGCCUCUCCACCCUUCUUUCUCUUUGUACCCUCCAAAUGAACAAAUCACCCAUGGAUCUCUCAUUAUCUGCCCCAGGAGUAGGCAGGGGAGGGAUAUUGAUCAAAAUUAG